UCUAAUGGAAGCCUCAAAAGAAGAACCAAAGGAGAUGGUGAAGCCUCCUCCAAGCCCCUUUGAGAGGAGGAUGUUGAGGAGGAGGACAGUUUUUGCCCCUUUUAUCCUCUUGCACCUCCUUUGUAUUUUGGCACCAUUCCAUUUCAAUUGGAAAGCCUUUUGGGUUGCAUUUGGAUUAGCUACUACUACGGGUUUAAUGAUUAGUGUUUCGUACCAUAGAAAUCUUGCACAUAGAAGCUUCAAGCUUCCCAAAUGGCUUGAAUAUUUGCUUGUUUAUUGUGCAGCUCAUGCAUUCCAGGGUGAUCCAAUUGAUUGGGUGAGCACACACAGAUGUCAUCAUCGAUAUGUUGAUACUGAAAGAGAUCCACACAGUCCAACUCAAGGAUUUUGGUUCAGCCAUAUAACAUGGUUGUUUGACUCCUAUACUUUGACUAAAAAAGUUUGUCCAAACUAUUCCAAUGGUUUUGGAAAGAUCGAGAAAAACAUUUUUAUGUUGUUCUUGAAGCAUGGRAAUCCAGAUAAUGUCCCAGAUUUGGAGAAGCAAGUCUUCUAUAGAUUUAUGCAGAAAACGUACUUUCUUCAUCCAAUUGCUCUUGCAGUCUUGUUGUACGCAGUUGGAGGAGUUCCUUUUAUUAUUUGGGGAAUGUGUGUGAGGAUUACAGUAAGCUUACAUAUAACAUUUAUGGUGAAUUCGGUAUGCCAUAUAUGGGGAGAGCAACAGUGGGACACAGGCGAUUUGUCUAAGAACAAUUGGAUGGUAGCUUUGGUUACAUUUGGUGAAGGAUGGCAUAAUAACCAUCAUGCUUUCGAGUAUUCAGCAAGACAUGGUCAUAAAUGGUGGCAGAUUGACUUUGGUUGGUAUUUUAUUAUAUUUCUUCGAGCUAUUGGACUUGCAACCGAUGUGAAAUUACCCUCUAAAAAGCACAACAAAAAAUUGAAACACUACAAGAAAUAAAGUUUUUCCCGCCUCAAAGAUAAUUUUUAGUAUUGUCUAUUCUAUAUAUUAAGAAUAUAAUAGGCAAUACUAACCAAAACCGACUAUCUUAAUUAAGCCUAUAUAGUAAUUAAGGCAUGAUAAUAAGAUCAUUUUUAGUAUUGGAUAUUCUAUAUAGAGUGUGAUCAAAUAUCAAAAUAUGUCCAUUCAUAUUUUGAGAAUGUGAAAUAGCAAAAUGAUUGUUGUUUGAAAGAGAUUGUAAUCCAAAUAUUAUAUUAAAGAUCUUAUUACUGUA